AAGGCCAAGAACAGUUCCCAUAAUUCUCAUAUGACCAAUGGAAAAAAGCAACUACACAUCACACCACAGUCACCAUAUACAUUUGGAGAUCACACUUCCAACCACCCAAUUCUGCCCACUGCAAAUACUAAAAUUUGCCACUAGAUUUGGUAUAAAUACCCUCAGAGACCCAACACUGAUUCAGCAUCUUUUUGUAGGAAUUUCAGAUUGUUUCUUGGAAAUGGAAAACUGCUUCUGGUCGGAGGAGUACUGCGCCUCCUGGAAUUACGGCCAAGCUGAUGUGGAUAAAGAUGGUACUUUGAUGGUUCCAUGGCUCCCUCCCGCUGCCGCCGACGCUGCUGCGGCGGCUCUGCAGUAUCAUUGUUCCCCCCCCGCCGGCGGCGUCCCGCCUUGGACGCCGUCCUUUGAAGGGGCGGCGGAGGAUAGAACCGCCAGUGCUUCUAGAAGCCACAGUGAAGCUGAGAAGAGGCGCAGGGACAGAAUCAACGCACAGCUUGCUACUCUCAGGAAAUUGAUCCCAAAGUCUGAAAAGAUGGACAAGGCAGCCCUAUUAGGACAAGUAGUGGACCACGUCAAGGAACAGAGCGAACGAGCAAAAGAAGCGAGCAAAUUCUCAACAAUCCCAACCGAAACAGAUGAAGUGAUCAUCGAACACAUGAAUGCACGAGAAACAGCACCGCAGAACAUCUACGUGAGCGCUACCGUCUGCUGCGACGACAGGCCGGAGCUAUUUGCGGAGCUGAACAGCGCACUCAAGAGCCUAGCAGUCACCAUUGUUAAGGCCGAGAUCACCAGCUUGGGGGGCAGAACAAAGAGCAAUUUCGUUCUAUGUGCAAAGGAUACCGGCGGGGCUGAACGAAAUUCGUGCACGAGUUUGCUCCAGCAGUCGCUCAAAUUAGCGCUGAGUCGUGUCGUGAUAUCGUCUGGAAUGUCGAGUUACAGCGCCAGGAGCAAGAGGCAAAGGUUCUUCCAUCCUAAUCCGCGGUGAUGAUCGAGUUCUUUCACAUAUAUGAUGAUUGUUUUGAUUGAAACCGCGCGAUUUUGUUGCUGUUUGAGAUUCUUUAAAGAUGAUGUGAGAAACUUGUGUAAUCUUUGAUAUGUAACUCGAGGGAUCAAUCAUUCUGGAAUCUUUAAGGGUUGUGAUCAUUUAAUAGACCGGAGACUUGAGGAUUCUGAUUUCUUUCUUCACUCUGUACAUGAUAUCAUUCUGGUGCUGGAAGUUUUACAUUUUCUCCAAGAAA